AUGGCUCAAGACCAAAUGCAUAAUGACAAAGAAGCUUUGCUUCGUGGAAAUUCUAGUUCAUAUGGCAGCAACGAUAAUAAAAACGAUAGCUAUGCUUGGAGAACGAGGCCGCCUUCGUUGUCAGAUACUGAUCUGAAUAGAUUUCACACGAAUCCAAGACCGUCCCGUCUGGAAUGGGCACAAUCAUCAUGUUUUCGGUGGAUACACGUACUGUUCUGGUGGUGGCUCAAUCCUCUUCUUAGUUUAGGACAAAAACAGACGCUCACAGAUGACGAUCUUGAUGAUUUACCUCAUGAUGAUCGAUGUUCUGUGUUGUUUAAAAAAUUGCUUAUUUAUGAUUGGUCUAUAGCAACGACGUGGCGUAUUAUCUUACGCGCCUUCGCAAAAGAGACUUUUUUCAUAGGUCUUAUUCUCCUGCCUCAUACUGCUGCUCGUCUAGCACAACCAUUAUUUAUACGCGCUAUUGUGGACCACAUUAGUCAGAAAGAGCAUAUUUCGGUUCAUAUGAACGCCGGUAUUUUAUUAGCUAUCGGAUUUUUUUUAUCGUCGAUUCUACAAGCUUUGUUGUAUCAACAUGCUCUAUUUCUCUCUACUAAAUUAGGUAUCCGUAUUCGUAACGCACUUUCGUCCACCAUAUACCAACACUUACUAUCGAUUAGUAUGUCAUCACUUCAACAAAUUUCUGCAGCGCAAACCAUCAAUUUGAUAGCAAAUGAUGCGAGUAAAUUCGAAGAGUUUUGGUUUUAUGGUCAUUUUUUAUGGGCAGCACCGUUGGAAGCAAUUGUUGGAUUUGGUCUUCUAUCUUGGAUCAUUGGUUUACUACCAACAUGUUUUGCUUUCAUUGUUCUGCUUUUCCUCGUACCUCUACAAUUAGUAUUCAGUAAGUAUUUUACGCAAUAUCGCAAAAAAACAAUUGUUUGUACGGAUAAACGUAUUAAAACAUACAGUGAACUUCUCGAUGCGUGUCAGACUGUAAAAAUGUACAGUUGGGAAAAGCCCAUGAAAGAGCGCGUAUAUAAACUGCGUGAAGACGAAAUGGAGAGCAUUCAACAUGCAAGUCAUUUGCGUGCAUUUAACAAAGCCGUAUUUUUUAUUUCGCCGUGUAUGAUUGCGUUAGUUGCGUUUGGAGGUUUGUGGUCUUUGGGUUUUCAACUGACGCCAGCAGAUGUUUUCACUGCUCUUGCUUUUUUCGGCCAAAUACGAUUAACAUUUACCAAUCUCAUGCCUAUUGCUAUAGAACGGUUAAGCUCAAUGCUCAUUGCAUCCAAGCGAAUCGAUGAGUUUAUGCGUUUGAAAACGAUACAGUCAUCAAAGAGGCAACUACUAGAAUCAAAUGACACAAGAAGAGGCAGCAAAUCGGGCGCAAUUGUAAUGCAAGACGCAUCAUUUACAUGGGGAGACAACAAUACUAGUCUAUCAUCACUUAGUAUAGAUAUUAAACCCGGGCAACUUGUGGGUGUUUUCGGAUCUGUGGGCUCUGGCAAAUCAUCAUUACUCGCUGCCAUACUUGGCGAAAUGAAUUUAAUCAGUGGUAAUAUACAAGUAAAUGGGCGUUUAUCAUAUGCUCUUCAGUCUGCUUGGAUAUUUGCCGACACCAUUCGUGCUAACAUUCUACUUGGAAAAAAGUUCGAUCAGGAACGUUAUGAACGUGUUUUACAUGCAUGCUGUCUCGAUGUUGAUUUAAAAGCAUUUGGAACAGCUGGAGAUUUAACGAUUAUUGGCGACAAAGGUAUCAAUCUGAGUGGUGGACAAAAGGCACGAGUGUCACUGGCGCGUGCACUGUAUGUCAAUGCCGAUAUUUAUCUUCUCGAUGAUCCACUAUCGCCUGUUGAUUCAAAAGUUGCAAAACGAAUAUUUGACACCUGUAUCGGCCCUGAAGGAAUAUUGAAAGACAAGACACGUGUAUUGGUUACCCAUCAAACACACUUUUUAGUUUCAUCCGAUCAAUGCUUUUUAUUAGAUAAUGGUCGUAUUAAGAAAACGGGAGCAUUCACUCAUUUAUCGAUCGAGUAUGAGCAUAUGUUCCGGCCAACCACUAAUACGAAAACAGAGGAACAGGCUGACGAGAUGGAAGAAAUUACCUCAGCAGAAUUGGAUCUGAGUAAAUCGAUUUCGGAUACUAAAUCAAUAUUGCAUGAUGAAAUAUCGAUUACCGCUGGUGCCAGUUGGUCGGUGUGGUGCCGUUUAUUUACUGCAUCACCCUUGGGUUGGUUUGGUUUCAUUUUGCUUAUCGUUAGCCUUUUGAGUGGCGAAAUUUUGUAUGAUACUUCUACUUAUUGGCUUGCUAUUUGGUCGCGGAAAUCAUAUAUUGUACAACAACAUGUAUUAUCAUAUGCCUAUAUUUAUUUCGGCUUGGCCACCGGUACAAUAAUUAUAGGAAUUCUACGUGCUGAUUAUUGGUUUUACAUUAUGCUCUGUGGCUCAAGUAGACUUCAUAAUCGUAUGCUACAUAGUAUAUUAUACACGUCUACGAGGUUUUUUGAGAGCAAUUCGACUGGACGUAUUCUCCAUCGAGCAAGUCGAGAUCAAUAUCUUAUUGAUGAACUAUUACCAAUGGCCCUGUUCGAGAUGGUACAAGCAUCUUUAAUACUAGCUGGUUCUCUAACUAUUAUUAUUUUGGUCAAUCCUCUUACCAUCAUUUUACUGAUUAUAGUUAUACCUAUUUGUGGAUAUUUGCGCCAUUAUUAUGCACGUCCAAAUCAUCAAUUCAAACGGCUUGAGAAUGCAACACGCAGUCCUGUUUUGGCUCUCUUUUCAUCGUCACUGAAUGGUCUAUCGACUAUUCGUGCAUUCAAAGUGAAAGAUAAUUUUCUGCAAACAUUUGUCAGUCGGAUUGACGCUAAUACACGUGCUUAUAUUCCUUUGUUGGGUGGAAUCCAUUGGUUUGGUUUAAGACUCGACUUCAUUGCCGCCACCUUUGUAUUGAUAGUAGCUACACUCUCCGUUAUCGCAGGCCAUAAAAUGGAUGCGUCAAUGGUAGCACUCAGUUUGACGUGUAGUCUUAACUUAGUAGGUCGACUUCAGUAUAGUAUGCGGCAGUUAUCUGAAGCUGAAAAUCUAAUGAUAAGUGCUGAACGUAUUGAUGAAUAUACUAGAUUACCACCAGAAGAAGAUAAUGGUGGCGGCGAAGGACUUAUACAGCCACCCUCAGAUUGGCCUAGUUGUGGUAGUAUUGAGUUUCGAAAUUAUACUUUACGCUAUCGACCUGAAUUGGAACCUGUACUUAAUAACCUUAAUCUGAUUAUUGAGCGUAAUGAGAAAAUCGGCAUCAUAGGUCGAACAGGCGCUGGAAAGUCGUCUGUAUUUCAAGGUAUCUUUCGAUUUGUGAUGCGAUCAGCCGUUAAAGGCGAAAUUCUUAUUGAUGGUAUUGAUAUAAGUCGUGUCAAACUCGAUCGUCUUCGUUCACAUCUUAGUAUUAUUCCUCAAAUACCCGUUCUAUUCAGUGGUACACUUCGUUAUAAUCUUGACCCAUCGGGAAUCUAUACAGAUCAGCAAUGCUUCGAUGCACUGGACGCUGUGCAGCUCAAGCACCGUGUCUGCAAUCACUCUGACGGCCUUUACUUAUCGGUCGCCGAAUACGGCAGUAAUUUUAGUGUCGGUGAAUGUCAACUCAUAUGUAUAGCACGGGCUAUUCUAAAAAAAAGCAAAAUAUUAUUGAUCGAUGAAGCCACGGCCAAUGUCGAUCAACAAACAGAUGCUUUAAUUCAAGCAGCAAUGAGCGAGCGAUUUUGUGAUCGUACCAUUUUAACGAUUGCUCAUCGUUUGAAUACCAUAGCUCAUAGCGACCGAAUUCUGGUGAUGGAAAGAGGACGCAUAGCUAACGUUGACAUACCCAAAAAUAUUUUAGAUCAACAAUAA